GGGACAGGUAAAUCUGCAGUAAAGAUGUGCUGACAGCUAACAGGCUUUGUUAUUAAGUGGGCCGGGUUGCCAUAGCUACGCUUUGGCAGGAUAUUGCUGGGGAUCAGCCAUAAUGGGUCUCUCGACGCAACUCACUCUGCUCCUGUGGAAGAACUUCACUCUACGGAAGAGACAGAAGUUGCGACUUGUAAUUGAAAUUGUAUGGCCACUCUUCCUCUUCGUCAUACUAGUGUGGGUACGCUCCACUACCGAGCCAAUUCACAAAGACCAAUGUCACUACCCAAAUAAGCCUAUGCCAUCAGCUGGAGUGUUGCCAUGGAUACAGGGGAUCGUAUGUAACAUUGAAAAUCCCUGCGUAAACUCCCCAACACCAGGGGAGGCUCCGGGACAGGUCAACAACUUCAAUAAUUCCAUUAUCGCUGGUGUCCUGAUUGAGCUGCAGCAUCUUUUGGUGAACAGGUCCGUUCUGAGUAAAGUGAAGGUUCUGGCUGAUGACAUGGUCCAGUGGAAUUCUCUACUGCUUCAAACUUCUAACAAUGCUCAGCCAGUGAUCCUGCAUACAAUCCUGCGAGAGAACGAGACUUUUUCCACAUACCUAAGAGACGAUCUGUCUGUUCCACCAGAAGUCAUCCAAAGCCUGCUGAACGCAAGGAUCAAUCCAAAAAUGGACAUCCAAACUUCUAACAAUCUGAAGCGUGUCUUGUGUGACGGGACUGGUCUAGAUGACUACAUCCAAUUUAGCCGCCCGGACGAGAGAGAAGCCUUUCGAAACGUCAGCUGCUCCCUGUCUCCGCAGCAACUGAUCAACGCACAACUAGCACUGCUGCGAAACCUGAAUCCAAGAAAAGUGGUAUCCGAGGCACAAUCAGUCCCAAGUCUGGAUCCACUGGCCACAGAUAGACUGUUUAAACGCACCACAGAAAAUGCUUUACCGAUACUGGAGGCUUUUACAGAGUUUCAGAAUUCUCCCAGUGUCAGAGCUGCUGAGUCGUUGGAUUUCCGACAGGACAUGUUUGGUAGUAGCGGGAUGCUUUUGUGUGGAAAACAGCCCAACUUUAACUCCACCAAUGGGACCGCCAGCUCACGAUUCAGCGAUGUGAGGGCGGGGUCGGAUCUCUUCUCCAUUCUAAGCAAUAGCACAGGAAACAAUGGUUCAGAUGCAUUUUGUGAGACCCUAGUUGAGAUCCUGGAGGGAACGCCACAGCUGCGCUACAUUUGGAGCACCUUUAAGCCUCUGGUGCAGGGAAAAGUCCUCUUCACACCCGAUUCGCCUGCUGCUCGACUCAUAGUGCAAGAAGCAAACGGCACAUUUAACGCUUUGGCCAUGUUAAAAGAACUCACGGAUUUAUGGGAAGAAGUUGGACCACGUGUUUACGACUUUCUUCAAAAUAGCCCUCAAGUCAAUGCAAUUCGGAGAUUGUUGGAGAAUCCUGUUUUUGCUGCAAUUCUGGACCAGCGUCUCAGUGGAACCGGGUGGACUGCAGAGUUACUGGCCAACUUCCUGUACAAUGGGCCCCCAAAGGAUCGCCCCCCCAACAUGCCACAGUAUGACUGGAGGGACCUGUACCAAAGUUUUACACAAAUCUUCAAACUCAUCUCAAAAUUUCUUGGGUGUCUGAACCUGAAUAAGUUUGAAGCGGUGCCAACAGAAGGACAAAUGGUCAGCAGAGCGUUAGACCUUCUAGAUAAUGGGACAUAUUGGGCUGGGAUUGUGUUUGAAACCAUCAGCACAAACUCCUCUGAGCUGCCUGUGUACAUGAAGUAUAAACUCAGGAUGGACAUUGGUGAGGUGAAGAGAAGCGAUAAGAUAAUGUCCAGGUCAUGGUCUCCUGGGGCUCGGGACAGCGCCUUUAACGACCUGCGCUAUAUAUGGGGCGGCUUCUCCUACCUGCAGGACAUGAUGGACCACAGCAUUAUCCGGCUGCACACGGCCACGAACCAGACGCUCGGGGUGUACGCGCAGCAGAUGCCCUACCCCUGCUAUGUGCUGGAUGAAUUCACGUCCAGUAUUGGCAACAUCCUCCCCAUGGUCCUUGUGCUGGCUUUCGUUUACACUGUGUGCAUGACCAUCAAAAGCCUUGUUUUGGAGAAAGAGCUCCGCCUUAAAGAGGUCCUCCGUGCCGUCGGCGUCCAAAAUGGCGCACUAUGGGUUGCCAGGUUUAUCGAAAACAUCCUCCUCCUGAGUAUCCCCUGCGCACUUCUGAGUGUGAUCCUUAAGUAUGGAAAAGUGCUACAGUACAGUGACCCCUCGGUGAUUUUCGUGUUCCUGCUGGUCUUCUGCCUGGCCACCAUCACCGAGUGUUUCUUGAUUAGCGUCUUCUUCUCCAAAGCUAACCUAGCCGCAGCUUGUGGAGGCCUCAUAUACUUCCUGCUCUACCUGCCUCACAUGCUGUGCUACACCUGGAGAGAUGUGAUCGUCUUCCGCACCAAGAUACUGGCGAGUCUGUUGUCAUGCGUCGCCUUUGGAUAUGGAUGUGAGAACAUUUCUAAGUACGAAGAACAGGGGAUCGGCAUUCAGUGGAACAACAUUUACGUCAGUCCAGAAAAAGGGGAGCGCUAUAGCUUCAUCGUGUCUAUUGUGAUGAUGCUGGUCGACUCACUGCUGCACUGGCUGCUCACCUGGUACAUCGAGAACGUAUUUCCAGGACAAUAUGGCAUCCCAAAGCCGUGGUACUUCCCAUUCACCUCGUCUUACUGGUGCGGGGGGAACGCCGCGUCUGCCAGUGACCUCAGUGCAUUCAAGGACUGCAGUGAACACAAUGAGUACCUCGAGAAACCACCUCCCAACGUGAACGCCGGUGUAUCCGUCCGGAAUCUGGUCAAAAUCUACAAGACGGGAAAAAAACUAGCUGUGGACGGUCUGAGCGUGGACUUCUAUGAAAAUCAGAUCACGUCUUUUCUCGGCCACAACGGAGCAGGCAAAACCACCACCAUGUCGAUUUUGACAGGACUGUUCCCUCCGACUUCUGGCACUGCGCUCAUCAACGGCUAUGACAUCCAUUCCGACAUGGACACAAUCCGUAAAUAUUUGGGAAUGUGCCCGCAACACAAUGUCCUCUUCAACGAGCUAACGGUGGAAGAACACAUUUACUUUUACGCACGUCUGAAGGGACGCAGCAAAAAAGAGUUGAAGGUGGAGAUGGAGCAGAUGAUCAAUGAUGUUGGGUUACCGCACAAGAGGAAGGAGCUGGCCAAGAACCUGUCUGGUGGCAUGCAGAGGAAGCUGUCCGUUGCCAUAGCGUUUGUUGGAGGCUCCAGAAUAGUCAUCCUGGAUGAGCCGACAGCUGGAGUGGACCCGUACGCCAGAAGAGGAAUUUGGGAACUACUCCUUAAGUAUAAAGAAGGUCGCACCAUUAUAUUGUCCACACACCACAUGGACGAGGCAGACAUCUUGGGGGAUCGCAUUGCAAUCAUCUCCCAUGGAAAGAUGCGUUGCUGCGGCUCUUCGCUCUUCCUCAAGAAACAGUUUGGGAGCGGCUACUACCUCACCCUGGUCCGAGAGGAAGCUGAAAAGAUGACCACCCAGAGGACAGGCAUGAUUCAGAAUACAGAGGAGAAGAAGUGUCCUCUGAGAAGCAGCAGUCCAGAUGACGGCAUUGGCAGCCAGAGCUGGAGCAGGGCUGAUCCUCCAGACUUGACAGCAGUAAGUCAGCUGGUGCGGCGCCACGUCCCAGAGGCUGUCUUCUUAGAGAGCAUCGGUCAGGAGAUCACAUACAUUCUGCCCUACGCCGGCGCCCGAGAUGGCACCUUUGCCCUGCUCUUUGGGGAACUGGACUCUGCUCUGGCUGACCUCGGGCUCACCAGCUACGGCAUCUCGGACACGACGCUGGAGGAGAUUUUUCUCAAAGUAGCCGAGGAUACCGGAGUGGAUGCACAAGAACCGACAACCAAAGAGCCGCUGGAACAAGACCGUAAGAAGAGCUUUCGUGAACUCAAACGGAACAGCGUGGCCAGUAUACACAGCGUAACCCAGAAUGGAAUAAAAGAUCUGAAAGAAAAGUUUUCCAGUAAAGUUGAAGACCUCCGGAGGCAGAACGGCCACGGUGGGCGGGGCUCCGUGGUGAUUGGCGGGUGGAGACUGAUCAGGAGGCAGUUCUCGGCGCUGUUCAUCAAGCGCUUCCACCACGCCCGCAGGAGCCGCAAGGGACUCAUCGCGCAGAUUGUUUUGCCUGCUAUCUUCGUCUGCCUGUCUCUGAUCUUCUCCCUCAUCAUGCCUCCGUUCAGAGAGUACCCAAGUCUGGAGCUGCAGCCGUGGAUGUACGGCGUCCCUCAAUACACAUUUUACAGCAACGACGGGCCGGAUAAUGCAGAGGUUUCUCGAGUGGCGGAUGCUUUGGUGAAUAACCCUGGGUUUGGUACCCGCUGUAUGUAUGGAGACCCAAUACCAAAACUGCCAUGUUCACCGGGCUCUUCGGAUUGGCUCACCCCAUCUGUGGAUCAGUCGGUCGCUGAUAUCUUCCUCAACGGCAACUGGAGCAUGGCUAAUCCGUCCCCCGCGUGUCAGUGUAGCACUCCUAAACGCUCCAUUAUGUUACCGGACUGUCCGCCGGGAGCAGGGGGACUUCCUCCGCCUCAGAGAACCCAGAACACAACAGACACCCUGCAGGAUCUAACUGGCCGAAACAUGACCGAUUUUCUCGUCAAAACCUUUGAAAAACAAGGGAAAAAGAGAUAUGGAGGCAUCUCUGUUGGAGGAGUCAACUCCCAAGUGCGCCUGACUGAAGCGGAGAUCGAACUCGCCUUCACCGAUCUCAAAGACUUUCUGAGUGUGCUGCAGGAUAACGUGACUGAUGAGAUUCUGCAGAGGUCGGAGGUUCUUUUCAAGAGGCUCGGGGCCAGAGACAACCUCAAGGUGUGGUUCUAUAACGAGGCCUGGCACAGCGUGGUCUCCUUUUUAAAUGUUGCCAACAACGCCAUCCUGAGGGGCAACCUGCCAGUGGGACAGGACCCUCGCAGCUACGGCAUCUCUGUGUCCAACCACCCCCUCAACCUGACCAAGAAGCAGCUCAGCUCUAUGGCUUUGUUGUCCAGCGCUAACGACACCGUGGUUUCCAUCUGCGUCAUCUUCGCCAUGUCCUUCAUCCCGGCCAGCUUCGUCCUCUUCCUCAUCCAGGAGCGCAUCUCUAAAGCCAAACACUUGCAGUUCGUCAGCGGAGUCAACCCCACUGUGUACUGGCUCGCCAACUUCGCCUGGGACAUGUGUAACUAUGUCAUCCCAUGCUUCAUAGUGGUUAUAAUCUUCCUGUGUUUCCAAACCAAAGCCUACGUCUCUCCGCCUAACCUGCCCGCAUUAAUCCUGCUGCUCCUCCUAUACGGAUGGGCAAUCACUCCGAUGAUGUACCCCGCCUCCUUCGUCUUCAGUGUCCCGAGCACAGCCUACGUGGUCCUGACCUGCAUCAACCUCUUCAUCGGGAUCAACGGCAGCGUGGCCACUUUCAUCAUGGAGCUUUUAAACGAUGACAAUAUCACCCGCGUCAAUGACAUCAUGAAGCAGGUGCUCCUCAUAUUCCCACACUUCUGUCUGGGCAGAGGGCUAAUCGACAUGGCCAAGAACCAAGCCAUUGCUACAGCCUACAUUGAAUUGGGAGAAGACCGGUUCAAAAACCCACUGGGCUGGGACAUGGUGGGCAAAAACCUGUGCGCUAUGUCUAUCCAGGGAAUCGUCAUGUUUGCCAUCACAAUCCUCAUCCAGUAUAAGUUCUUCUGCAAACCGAGGCUUGUGAAGUGGAAAUCUAUAUCAGACGAGGAAGAGGAUAUCGAUGUUGCAAAAGAAAGAGAAAGAGUUCACAGUGGGAAAGCACAAAAUGACCUGUUGAGGAUCUGCGAUUUGACCAAGGUGUACUCUGGGAAGAGCACCCCCGCUGUGGACAGGCUCUGUGUGGGCGUACCUGCUGCUGAGUGUUUCGGGUUGUUGGGAAUCAAUGGAGCCGGCAAAACCACCACAUUCAAGAUGCUGACAGGAGACAUUCCGGUCUCCGCUGGGGAGGCUUUCCUAAACGGAUACAGCGUACGCACAGAGAUGAGAGAUGUCCACCAGAACUUGGGCUACUGUCCUCAGUUUGACGCUAUUAACGACCUCCUCACCGGGCAGGAACAUUUGGAGUUUUACGCACGCCUCCGAGGGGUACCUGAAAACGAAGUUGCCAUGGUGGCCGAGUGGGGGAUCCAAAAGCUGGGACUGGUCAAAUAUGCCAACAAGCCCGCAGGAACGUACAGCGGAGGGAACAAGCGCAAACUGUCCACCGCGAUGGCUUUGAUCGGAUGCCCUCCCGUCGUCUUCCUGGACGAGCCGACUACUGGAAUGGACCCCAAAGCGCGUCGCUUCCUAUGGGACUGCAUCCUGAGUAUUAUUAAGGAGGGCCGCUCAGUUGUUCUCACUUCUCACAGUAUGGAGGAGUGUGAGGCGUUGUGCACCCGCUUGGCCAUCAUGGUAAAUGGGCAAUUCAAGUGCCUAGGAAGCAUCCAGCAUCUAAAGAACAGGUUUGGCGAUGGCUACACUCUGAUUGUGCGGGUAGGGGGCGCUCCUCCUGCUCUGGGGCCUGUAGAAGACUUUGUUUCGCAGACAUUUCCUGGCAGUGUCCUAAAGGAGAAGCACCAUAACACACUGCAGUACCAGCUUCCACACACUCCCGGAGCUCUGGCCAACAUCUUCGGCCAGCUGACAGUGCACCAACACAGGCUGGCCGUGGACGACUAUUCUGUGUCCCAGACAACGCUGGACCAGGUCUUUGUAAAUUUUGCCAAGCACCAACAUGAAGACGCCACUUAUGACAAUGAGGUGGACACAUCAGAUGAGCUGCCAUUAGAAUCUGUGAAGACAAAAGACUCAGAGACGCACACGAACAACUAGUCUGGAAGAAGUAUUUAGUAUUUAAGUUGUCAAAGGUUUGCGCUUUAGCUGCUACAGACUACAACUUUCAUCUAGUUGAAUGUUUACAUGUGACACCAAGCAAAGAAAUCACUGCUUGCCUCACUGGAUAG